AUGGGCAGCAAGGAGAUCAAAAUCAAGUUUACCAAGGAGCAGAUUGAGAAGUACAAUACGCAGGGCUUCAAACUCUGCUUCAGUGCUGGUGUUGGUGCCGAACCUGCCUUCAAUGUGGUUGCCUACGCGGACACAAUUGCUGGCAAUGUCACCAUCUCAUGGGUGGACCGGUUCAAGAUUGCCGCCACCAAGGACAAAUUCUCAAAUGGAGUCAAGUUCAACAUUUCUACCAACCCCACAGGUAUCAAGUUCGGCGAGGUCUACACUCUCCCUGCCACUUGGGUCGAUGGUACUAUUUCAUCUGAAAAACUCCCCGAGAAUUCUUUCAAGUUCCUGAACGACACUGCUAGUGAGGCCUCUGCAGUUAUCUUCAAGACCAUCAAUGGCAAAGAUUUGCCUUUCUACAUCAGUUCCUCGCCCGUUGAUUCCAAGGGCAACGAAGUCAUGUCCCCCAAGUCUAUCGUUGCUCUCUGGUUCCAGAAGAACGCCGAGACUGGAACUAUGGUGUCGGUCAUCAAAGGGGACCUCUCCAUCUUUGAUUUCUCUGCCCGGGAUGGCAUUGACUUGAGGUGGGACGGGGCUCACUUUGUUGAGCCCAAAUAA